AAAAACAUUGGGACUUAGAAGACCCAUCCUUCCCAGGAGAGGGGCCUCUGCAAUUCAUGAAAGCAGGCUGCAGGACAGCAGGGACAGUGGCCUCUCUCACUGAAGCAUGGCUCAGGUGUGGAGAAGGAUUUCAGGACACUUCUGUGACUCCGUCAUUAAUUGCUGAAGAGGGGACUGUUUCAGGAAAACAUCUUGGAGAAUCCCCUGGGCCUAAAACAGAUACCACCACAUCUAAGAAUACCAGUGGGCUUACAGAUAUAACAUGGAGUUCCAGUGGAAGUGAUCUUUCCGAUGAAGAUAAGACAUUUUCUAAACCAAAGAGAGAGAGUAGACAUGACUCAAGAAUAGACAGAUUUUUUAACAAGAGUAUUUUAUGUCCAGAAGAUGGAGCCAGUGAAGGUGAAUUACCAUUUAUUGACUGGAAAAUUGACAGUGACAGGGAAAGUGCUAAUGAAUAUGAUGAGUCUGAAGAUGGCGAAAGUGCUGUGGAGAUCUCUGACUGUGCUUCUUGUGCAAGUAGUCAUUCUUUGACAAGUGAUGACAAACUGUCUGGACUUCCUAAGCCAAGUUGUGCAGAAAUUUUGGAGUAUUCAUCAAAUAGUGAAAAAGAAGAGGACCCAGAGAAUGUGCUGUUUAUUGAUUCAGAAUCCCCUCAUAAAUACUAUGUGGAUGUUAGAUCAGAUUCACUACAGGUCGUGGAGAGAAUGACAGACCCAAAGGUAAAAUCGACUGAGACCAACUUGUGUACACCCCAGAAACAGACAGCGAAGUUUCUCAGGACUCCAGAAAGUUCAGGGAAGAAAAAGAAAUUUUUAAGAGGCGGCCUAGCAGAAAGACUAAAUGGUCUGCAGAAUCGAGAGAAAUCUGCCAUUUCUUUAUGGAGGCAUCAGUGUGUUUCUUACCAAAAGGCACUUUCAGGUAGAAAAUCUGGAGUAUUAACUGUGAGAAUUCUGGAGGUGCAUGAGGAAUACACUGUGCAUGUUGCCACAUGUGAGCAGUUACCAGGGCUAUCCCCCACCAUCCCUUUCCGAGGAGUGGCCCCUGGGCCUGGAGCCAGCCUGAAGGUUCUCUUCACCAAGGAGACUGCCGAGGAACUGCGGGUGCAGGACCAGGACAUCAUUUACGUCUUCCCACCCUGGCAAAAACUCAUUAUUCCAAAUAGAAGUUGCCCUGUUAUUCUGAACACCUACUUUUGUCAGAAAGUUGUGGCCAAAGAAGAUUCAGAAACAACUCAUAAAGCACACUGUCUGGACAUAGUCCUGCCGAGAAGAAGCAUCAGUUUGGCCCAGAUUUUUACAAUUAAGGGUCUAACAAAUAAUUCAUCUAAAAACCAGGGCGUGUGUAGUGGUCUGGCCACCACAGGGACAAGCUGGACCCACAGGCACAAAGAAGCGAAUCAGCACCUUCCAGCUGGUGCUGCCCUGAGAGAUUCUCUCCUGGACGUGGUGGAAAACCAGGGAGCUACCACAUGGUCAGGAGUUGGGGUCCAAGUGGUAGUGCAGAGAGUUUACUCCCUUCUUGGCAGAGACAGUACCAGAAAUCAACAAGGGAGCAGCUUGGGACACACAGACCUACCUGGAGCUCGAACCUGCCUUCUGGUGCAAGAUGCCUGUGGAAUGUUUGGCGAAGUGCACAUGGAGGGCACCAUCUUGAAAGACAGAGAGCUGGAAGGGAAGUCCUGCAGCUUAGUGGGAAUGAAGGUUCUGCAGAAAGCCACAAGGGGAAGGACAGCAGGGCUAUUCAGUUUGAUUGACACCAUGUGGCCCCCAGCUGUGCCUCUGAAAGCGCCAGGCCGCAGCCAACCCUGUGAAGAGGUAAAAGCUCACCUGCCUCCUCCUACCUUCUGUUACAUCCUCAUGGCUCAGCCAAAUGUGGGGCGCAUUGAUGUCACUGAAGAAGACCCCGUUUCUGAGCUUUACCGGCCCCCAGCACCCUGCUGCUUAAGAGAUGUGCUUCAGACUGGUGAUCUCAGUACCCGCUGCAGUUUCUAUGCCACAGUGAUUUAUCAAAGACCACAGCUGAAAAGUCUGCUUCUUCCUGAGCAAAGGGAGAUUUGGCUGUUCGUGACCGACAUUAGCCUGCAAGCAAAUGAUGAGAGUGACCCCAGGCUCCCCAGAACCCUGCCGGUCUGCGUGGCCCCUUCCUGUGUGCUGGGCCCAGAAGUCCUGGAAGCACUCACUGUGGCUCGACCUCACCGUGUCCUCUUCAGAGAUGCUCUGCGAGACCAGGGUCUAAUUGUCUGUAUUGAACGGACUGUCCUCUUGCUUCAAAAGCCCCUUCCGUGUGUGGCCUCUGAGGCCGGCUCCCAGGAGCUGCUUGCCCCGGUGACGCUCGACGAACUGAACCCUGGCACACCUAUCAACUCCAUCUGCAGAGUUCAAGAGCUACGAAGUGAAGAGUGUCCUCGGAAAGGAGGUGGAGCUGUCCUGCUGCUUCGUCCAGUCCGCAACCACCCACCCGGCCAGCUGCAUUGGAUUGGAGGAAGUCCAGCUCCUGGGUGCAGGAGCCUCCUCGGAGCAGGGGCUGUGGCCCUGGGGCCUAUGAACUCUGCGGAGUACCUACAGACAGUGGUGCUGCUUUGGAGUCAUUUAUUAACCCUGGACAGAGAGUGUUUUACAAUCUUGAAAUUAAACUUACUUGGACUUUUCUGGGGCAGAUGUCAGUAAAAUGGUUUUGUAAACAUACUUUUUUCUACAAUUUACGUUUUUUAUUACCUUUCUGCAAUUUGAGUAACAUGUUAUUGAAACUUGUAAGUUCAGAUCUUCAUUUUGUAUUUAUCUAAGGCAAUAAUACUAAUAUAUCAGAAACGGUUUGUUCAGUUGCGAUUUUAAAGUGUUAAUUCAUCAUCUUUUUCUUUUAGUUUUAACAGUUCCCCAAAGAACACCCUGUAAAACCCAAACCUUUGUCCCAUCUCAUGACACUACUCUUCCCCUGCAAUAAAUGUCUAUCCUAAGCGUUUUGUGGUUCCAUGUUUUCAGACAAGCUCUGGGGAACCGGGUCAGAGGUGAAACUCUUGCGGAGCUGGGAGGAGCUGGGCAGUGCCAUGAGCAGUGUGCCUGGGCAGACGCAGCUCGCUGGCACUGGCCCUGCAGUCCUGCCCACACCAUGCCCAGCACAGAGGCUACAGUGCCUUCAGGAGCCAGGUCCGUCUGCCUUGGCCGCAGAGAUUUGUAUUACACAUAAAGCCACGCACUAAUUCUUCAGAUGCUUCCUAACAGCAGUGUAAUCAACACAGGCCGUGAUAACUGAUUACACACAUCAGUAUGCAGCAGAGACCAAGAAAAGGCGCCUAGCCUAGUAGCCAGUUUUCUGCCGGGAGGCAGUUGGCUGGAUUUGUUUGCAUUAAGCACUGAAACAUGAAAUUGCUGGCAAGACAGCAGUUGGGACAGCCCUUUUCUCUCCUACGUGACAAUUUUGUACGCUUCGGAAAUGUCCUAGAAUUCUCAGUGAGACUGAGAAAAGUGAAAGCAAAGUCGGUGACAGCUGAGAUGAUUCAGAGUAGGACGGCUUGGGACGGCUGGAGCGCCCCCUCCCCGGGGCGGCCACUGUGUGGCCCUUCGGCGGUCCCCAGCAGGGCCCCAAGUCAGCCAGCACAGGUCCCGGUGCUUUCUGGGAACCCUCCGCUGGAAAGCUGGCUGAACAGGAGCUUGGUCACGCCUCACUGAUCUUAGCAAGUUGAACCAAACCUACGCAGGUAGGCGGGCGUGCCUCAAAGGCAAAGCAGACCCUUUUCCCAGAAGCCUGGCUCCCUCAGGGGGACGCACACCUGCCCCGUGGAUCGCAGGCGUUCCAGGUGCUCUGAGCACACCAGGCCCUGGAACACACCCUCCCCAGCUGGGUCCUGGGCCCCGGAGUGCGGAGCCACUGCCAACAGAGGACGCAGGGGCGAUUUUAAAUGCUGCUUUAUUCUUACAAAUACUGUAAAAAUUAAUAUAAAA